CGUAUUAGAUAUAGGUCAUGUUUUUGAGCUAUCUUAUCUGCUCGUGCACUGUCUGCCAGCAACAUAGGAGUGUUAAUAUUCUAUUUGAACGACUGAAGUGCCCAUGAAACGACACAGUUGUAGUAAACGGAGAGGAGCGCUCGUCAGAACAACAUGAAAAGCGAGGAGACAUCAGAGAGCCAUGUGAAGGUGAUGGGGGUGGAACUUGCUCCCAUCCGCAUCCCAUUUCACAGACGUCUAGAAACUCUGGCUGUCUUGCAGUGGGAACUGACAUUCCUUCUCUCAUUAAUCAUCGUCAUCGUGACGUCCAUUUACCUCCUCUUCACUAAGUACUACCCUCUGGUUAUUCUUGCAUAUCUGUGGGCCUACUAUGAUCGCAAAACGCCUCGUAGAGGGGGGCGCCGAUGUGAAUGGAUCCGUCACUGGAGGGUGUGGGUUCAUAUGAGGAAUUUCUUCCCGGUUCACCUGAUCAAGACGGCAGAUUUGGAUCCUGGAAAGAACCACCUGCUUGGCUUCCAUCCUCACGGCAUCAUGAGCAUGGGAGCAUUUGUCAACUUUUGCACGGAGGCUAAUGAGUUUGCCAAGAAGUUUCCGGGAAUUAAGCCAUUUUUGUUAACCCUGAGUGGAUGGUUUAGGUUUCCCUUGGCAAGGGAUUACAUCAUGAUGGCAGGAGUAUGUGAUGUAAGCAGGGAGAGUCUUGAUUGGUUGCUAGGGCAAUCUGGCCCUGGUAACGCUGUCGUCAUCGUAGUGGGUGGAGUCAAGGAGGUUUUGGAAGCUCAGCCUCAUAGACACGUGAUUUACUUAAGCAAGCGGAAAGGCUUUGUUCGCAAAGCCCUUAAACAUGGGGCAAGCCUGGUACCAGUGUACUCCUUUGGUGAAACAAAUGUCUACGAGCAGAUUCCUAACCCGGAAGGUUCAUUUCUGAGAAAACUACAGGCUCUGCUGACCAAAGUUGUAGGUAUUCCUCCUUCACUUUUCCAUGGUCGAGGGAUCUUCAACUACAACUUGGGUUUCUUACCUUACCGGCAACCCAUAUUUACUGUGGUGGGUAAGCCCAUUCCCUUGGACAAGAAUCCCAACCCAACACAGGAAGAGAUUGACAAAGUACACGCUGAAUACAUUGCAUCAUUGGUGGCACUGUUUGAUGAGCAUAAGACCAAGUAUGGCAUUGAGGAAGAGGAGACAUUGAAAGUGAUUUAGAGAAUGAGACCAACCAACAGCCUGGGACAUCACGAGUUUGACCCAUUGACCCCACCAAGUUAGCCUGUGUCUAAAAGUAAUGGCUGCGACCGGAAUUAAUUCACACAUAACGAGAUCCACUGGCUUGUGGCUGCACAAACUUCCCAUUGAUUUGUGUUCAACUGACAGCCACGGUUAGGUGUUCUGGACAUGACUUAAAAAAACACACAAACAACAAAAUUUUUUGUAUUAAUUAAAUCCCUUUUUAUAACAAUUUUUUAAGUUGACCUUUUGAUUUUUCUAAAGUCCCAAUGUCUGCACAUUUACUUAAUGGCAAUGGUUAACGUCAUCUGGUCAGUGUAUAUUUGCUUGCAUCUUGACGUCAGAACAUACAUAGUUGGACCACCAUGAUAGUGAGAACAUUUCAGCGCUUUGCCCUUGACCAAGUGUUUUCAUAUUUCACAGAUAUUAAGACUUAAUUUAUAAGCAAAAUGACACACAGUCACAAGUGAAAUGUGUACAUACGUUUCAAAGAUUAAAAUGUGAAAUCUUUUUCAGGUGUUACAUAUCAGAACAAUGUAAAUUCUCAAAGGUCUUUAUCAUUGUGCAUGAGCUACUUAAUUGAGGUAAUAAAUUACCAAAUUUUAGAUUGGUUUACUGAAAUAAGAUGAAAAUACAUGUAAAGAGACAUUGUCUAAGCUGAAGAGGAUGCACAGUUUGCUGAAAAGUUUUAACUUUUAUAGUUUGUGCAUAUCCUUAUAUUGAGGCAAGCUUAUGUCUAUUUUGCUGAUAUCACCAAACAUGCUACUAUACUGCUCUCUAAUUAAUACAACUGCGUUUUUCGAAAAUGCCAGUUUCAAAUUAAAGUUAAUAACAUACAUGAUAUUUGAUUCUGCUCAUGCAAUCUGUUAUCGAUUCCUGUUUAAUUUUUGUCAUUGAUUUAUAUUUUGCAAGUGUUUUAUAAUAAUUCUAAAAUAAUUGUAAAUCUAUUGAUCUUAUAAGAUCACUACUUAAUUUCUAUUUUACUGUCUGAUAAUCACAGUUUGUUUGUAAUUAGUGAGGUAGGUUAAUGCAAAAUCUGAUAAGGCUUUCAUUUAAGUUUGAACAGGACUGUAGUGUCUACUACUUUCAGUAAAGUGUACUACAGAUAUGAGAAAUCAAAGCAUAGUAUACUUGAAAAAGUCCAGUUUUCAGAGAAAAACUUUUUCCUUGCAAAAAUUAAUUCCACGCUUUCAUGUUUUGUUUGCAUGGUAUGUCUCGUGUAGCUUGGUUUAGCUCUGCUAGCAUAAGUUCGGGGUAUAAACUAAUCCAGUUAGACGCCAUAGUGAAGUGGCACCGCACUCACACGCACAUUCUGCAGCUUGACGCGCACGUGCAUUUGGCAAUCACGACACCCUGUUGGUCGAAGCGGCAUGUAACGUGCGCGUACCACCUGUCCACGAGCGUUGUGCCGCCGCAGUAAUGGCUUCUAAUUCUGGUGGUCGAAUUUACUACAGGCCCUAUUUGUUUCUGUUUCUUUGUGCUGUUUACUUACACUGCUAGCUUGCCUGUUAAAACUUUAAAAUUGUAUGCAGCAUGAAUUGAAUGAAUGAAUUGGUGGAUGCAAUAAACUAAAGCCAAAAAGAAA